GUUAAGAGAGAGCCUUUAUUUUGCACGGCUCCAGCCUGAUGAUUUAGAUCUCUUUUUUUGCUGACCAACAUCAAACCUCAAAACAAAAACCUUUUUAAAGCACAGGAUUGGUUGCAAUAUGAAGAGUCGUGCUGUUUUAUUAUCUAUUUGUCAAACCCUCAGCUGUAGUUCCCUUUUUUUUUUAUUGUUCAUUUUUCAAAGGAUGGUUUGGGUGGGUGUGGGAUUUCUGACCUGAAAUUGUGCCCCAGUCUGCUCCUGAGCACACACACACACACACACGCGCGCUCCGCUGGGACAGAAACUCACUCUGUUACUCUGGGAACUUUAUAACCGUGUCUCAUGCUGCUCUGAAGACUCUAUAUCCCUCAGGAGGACAUACACAAACAGAAGUCUUUGUUGCACGGACACAAUGGUGAGGAUUUCCACACACACGGUCCUGCUGGUCCUCAUCUUCGCCUUUCUGGUGUGUGAGAUUGUGGUGGGCCAAAUCUGCAGAUCUCUCCUGAUCGCGGUGGACAGUUUCCACACGCUCUACGUCUUCAUAAACAUGGCUUUAUCUGCAUUAAAGCAUCAAACUAACGCUUCAUGCACGCCUGAAGCCUCCAGAGAAGUUCCCGAUCCUGUGUAUGAUGUCCGGAUGCGUCUCCAGCCGUUCUGCAUUCUGAUCUCAGCUCUAUUGCUGGCGUCUCAGUGCGUCUCCAUCAGCCUGGAGGUUCUCACUCAUCUCGUGCAGCCAGAAGCCAUUCAGCAUCCUCACUUGUGUAUUGUUGUUGGAGGAGUGAGCGUGUUGUUUAAUACACUCGUUUUGCUUUGGAGAAGGAGGGCGAUGGAUGAUGGGACGCAAAACAAAAUGCGUUCUGCAUCAGAACCCAAAGAAAGUGCUCUUCCGGACGGCGCACUGAUGUUCUGCAACCCUCAAACGUCCAGUGUUCUGGACCCGAAUCAAACCUCUCCAGACGGCUCUUCUUCAUGCCAAAACACCAACGUCACCGAGUCCAAACACACUCAAACAUCCCAAUCCAGUAUCGGAGAAGCUCCUCAGAAAAUCCCUGAACCUAUAGAGAAACCUCCAGAAGAACAGAAACACACUGCACCUCAGUGUGUUUCCCAAGUCUCUAUCUUCAGAGAGCAUCAUCUGGGUCUCCUCAGUAUAGUCCAGGAUCUCCUGUGUUCAGUCCUGGUUCUGUCUAAUGGUCUGGUUCUGCUGCUGUCCCGAGCUCACUGUCACCGGCCUCACUCAGACUGUCACCUGCUGGUUUACCUGGAUGCUGUUUUCUCCACGGUUUGUGUGGUAUUUUUACUUUCCGCCGCCCUGCCGAGGUUACACAGAUACGGGCUGCUGGUUCUCCAGGCGGCGCCUCUGCAUCUUUCUGUCCGCCAGGUGCGACUCUGUCUCGGUCAAGUUCCCGGAGUAUUAUCGGUCCACGAACUUCACAUUUGGCAGCUCUCAGAUUCCCUCAUUAUCGCAUCUCUGCAUGUUCACUGUCCCGCCGGGAUGAGCGCAGCAGAGUGCGAGGAACUUAUAGCAAAUAUCAAAGCAGUGUUUUACUCUUUCGGCGUCAAUCAUUGCACGGUCCAACCUGAGUUUCUCACGCCGGAAAAGAGCGAGGCUGCGCCCGCGGAGGGUUCAGGACGACCCGGCUGCAGUCUGCGCUGUGGGCAGGAGUGUGUGGAGAAACUCUGUUGUGCCCCCCAGGUGGACGAGUCAACAAAGACAAUAAAUCCCACCUGCAUCCGUGAGGAGAAACCAUGUGAUAGAGAUGUGGUCAUUGAAAAUACAUCUGUGAUUCAAGACUGAUGGCAAUAAAAGAUUUAAUAUGUGCA